CAAUCAGGCUAGUAAACGUGAACACGGGGCUCCGCGAGCGAGGGCCACCUUGCAGUGACGAAAGCGAAACGUGUAAAAAGAUCAGGGAGCCCUUUAGCCUCUCCAUCUCCGGAGAGACAUGACCAUCGCUCGAUUCUCCCAACGCUUCUCUCUCCUCUGCCGUUUCUCUCUCUAAAAUCUCAACCAGGAAAAUCACAACUGUGGCGAAGAAGAUAGAGAUAGAGAUAGAUACGAAGUGGUUUCGAUCUAUUGCCUGUGUCAAUGGCGUCGGCGGCAAUCUCGGACAGAGUCCAACUCGCGAAGCUCUGCUGCUCUCGAGACUGGUCCAAGGCAAUCCGCGUUCUCGAUUCUCUCCUCUCGCAGUCCUGCACCAUUCAAGACAUCUGUAAUCGAGCCUUUUGCUAUAGUCAAUUGGAGCUCCACAAGCACGUGAUCAAGGACUGCGAUAAGGCGCUACUGCUCGACCCCACGAAUCUUCAAGCUUACAUUCUGAAAGGUCGUGCUUUUUCUGCUCUUGGAAGGAAAGAGGAUGCUCUUCUUGUUUGGGAGCAAGGCUAUGAAUAUGCUCUUCAUCAGUCUGCAGAUUUGAAGCAGUUGCUUGAGCUGGAAGAGCUUCUGACCAUUGCGAAACAAAAUAGAAGUAUUUCUUGUGAGAACCAUGAUAUGGACUUAUCUGAGUCUUCUUUGCAUGCAUCCGAAGCUGGAUUAUGUGAUUCAAGCAAAUCUAGUGAAACCUAUAAUGAUCACAAUAAGUUAAGCUGUGAUUUUGAACUUCGAAGCGAAUUGAGCAAUACAUCUGAGAUCCACAGUGAACCAAAUCAUAGAUUUGACAUACACAACGAAUCAAGCGAUAAAAUUAUUAGGAACAUAAAGUUUGAUGACCAAUCAAAUGGAACCUGUAGUGGCCAACCAAAUGGAACCGAUAGUACCCAUCCAAAUGGAACCUAUACUACCCAUCUAAAUGGAACACAUGACAUUCACAAUACACGGCGAGAUGACUCUGAAUUAUGUGAAGAGUUAAGUGAUGGAUGCAGUAAAUCAUCUGUGAUUCGCGGCGAAUCAAAUGAUUUAUUUGAGAUCUUCACUAACUCAAGUGGUAAAUCUGACGGAAGCAAUGAAUUAAGUGAUGAAGCCAAGAAGUGUAAAAAGUUUUGUGUUACCAGGAUUUCAAAGACCAAGUCAAUAAGUGUUGAUUUCCGAUUAUCAAGGGGAAUUGCACAGGUGAAUGAAGGGAAAUAUGCUCAUGCUGUAUCCAUCUUUGACCAGAUACUAAAUGUGGAUCCUACUUAUCCGGAGGCACUAAUAGGAAGGGGAACAGCGUAUGCAUUCCAACGGGAACUCAAUGCUGCAAUUGCUGAUUUCACGAGGGCUAUUCAAUCAAAUCCAUUAGCAGGGGAGGCAUGGAAACGGAGGGGGCAGGCUCGCGCUGCCUUGGGGGAAUCUGUUCAGGCUAUUGCAGACUUGACCAAGGCAUUAGAAUUUGAGCCAAACUCAGCAGAUAUAUUACAUGAAAGGGGGAUUGUUAAUUUCAAGUUUAAGGAUUUUGAUGCUGCUAUUGAAGACCUGUCUGCAUGUGUGAAGCUUGAUAAGGAUAACAAAUCAGCGUACACAUAUUUGGGUUUGGCAUUAUCUUCAAUUGGUGAAUACAGAAGGGCUGAGGAGGCACAUAUGAAAUCAAUUCAACUUGAUCCAAGUUUCCUUGAGGCAUGGGCUCAUUUAACGCAGUUCUAUCUGAAAUUGAUGAAUAAUUCAAAUGCUAUUUUUUUUUGUCUGAAAUCUAUACUAAACCAUUGGAACAGCUUAGCUCAGCUAACUCUAAUCCUUAAGUUGGAUAUGCCCAGUAGUUGUAGGAAUGCCAUCAAGGAUUUAUCCGUUGGGUUAAUUGAAAGCUCAAACAUUGAGUGUUUAUAUUUAAGAGCUUCUUCCUUCCAUGCUAUUGGAGAAUAUAGAGAAGCGGUGAAGGAUUAUGAUGCUGCUUUGGAUUUGGAACUGGACUCCAUGGAAAAAUUCGUGCUUCAAUGCUUGGCCUUCUAUCAGAAAGAAAUUGCUUUGUACACUGCUUCAAAGAUCAGCAGUGAAAUUUUGUCUGGUUCACAUCAAUGGAGAUAUGAACCGCUCUUUAAGGAGUAUUGGUGCAAAAGGCUGCACCCCAAAAAUGUGUGUGAAAAGGUUUACAGGCAACCCCCAUUGCGUGAAUCUCUGAAGAAGGGUAAGCUGAGAAAGCAAGAUAUUUCUUCCACAAAGCAGAAGACUGCUGUAAUACUAAUACGGGCUGCAGACUUGAUAGGAAAGAAGAUCCAGUAUAGUUGCUCUGGUUUCUUGCCCAAUAAGCGUCAGCAUCGUAUGGCGGGAUUAGCUGCUAUUGAGAUCGCACAGAAGGUCUCAAAGGCAUGGCGUUCUUUGCAAGCAGAAUGGAAAUCCCCUAAUAGAAGCACAUCAAAACAUGGCAAGAGAGCGCGGAGAAAGGAAAAAAUCAAUAUUCUCAGCCAGAAUAGAGGUGGUGCUUGUUGUAGUACCAGCAGUUCCUCAGAACCAUCAACUUCAUAUGGGAUUGUUGAAGAUAGAUCUUCAGGCCGUCCUAUGAUGUCGUGGCAUGAUGUUUAUUCGUUGGCUGUAAAGUGGAGACAGAUCUCUGAACCCUGUGACCCAGUUGUGUGGGUUAACAAGUUAAGUGAGGAGUUCAAUUCUGGAUUUGGGUCUCAUACACCACUUAUUCUUGGGCAAGCAAAAGUUGUUCGCUAUUUUCCAAAUUUUCAAAGAGCAUUAGGCAUUGCAAGGUCUAUCAUUAAGGACAAAAUGUUUGUGUACAACAGGGGAGACAAUGCCAUUGAUCUUUCUGACGAUGGGAAAUUGCAAGAUAUUAUGAAUGCAGACUCCUGCUCUGAUCUUUACAGAGUUGUUGGUGAGGACUUCUGGUUGGCUACUUGGUGCAACAGUACAGCAUUUGAGGGGAAACGGCUUGAAGGAACAAGGAUCACUCUAGCGAAAAUGGGAGAACAUGGAUUUGACUUUCUCAUUAGAACACCUUGCACCCCUUCUAGAUGGGAUGAUUUUGAUGCAGAAAUGACAGCAGCAUGGGAAGCUUUGUGCAAUGCUUAUUGUGGUGAAUCAUAUGGGUCUACUGACUUCAGUGUGCUUGAAAAUGUGAGAGACGCAAUCUUAAGGCUGACAUAUUACUGGUACAAUUUUAUGCCGCUUUCCAGAGGCUCUGCUGCCAUUGGGUUUAUAGUUUUGCUUGGAUUGUUUCUUGCUGCUAAUAUGGAGUUCACUGGGAGCAUUCCCCAAGGUUUGCAGGUGGAUUGGGAAGCCAUUCUAACCUUAGAUCCAAACUCCUUUGUGGAUUCGGUGAAGAGUUGGUUGUAUCCAUCUCUCAAGGUCACAACAUCCUGGAAAGAUUAUCCAGAUGUGGCGUCAACUUUUGAGACAACCGGAUCUGUUGUUGCUGCUCUGAGCUCCUACAGUGACUGAGCAUUUACAUUGUGAAGAACAGUGUAAGCAGACAGUAAGCAACAUAUUCUGGCCGGCGAUUCUCUCUGAGCUGGUGGAUUAUUCUGGUCUCAAACCAAUAGAGAGAUCCGAGGUAAAAUUGUGGCAAGAUUUGUUUAUGUUUUCACCAGCUUGUGUUAUUACAUGUGUGAAUGUUGUACAUUGUUAUUUAUUGGGCUUCUUUAGGAUUAAUUUGAAGUGCAUUUAUUCUUUGUUGUCUGACUCUUUUUUCCUCCUUAAUUGUCCUAAAUAUACAUCAUGGCAAUUUAAAUAUACAUCGUGUUACAGAUGGUAAUUUGUUUUUUCA